AUGGAUUUAUUAAAUGAAUGUCGAGUUAAAUUAAACAAAGAACGUUUAGUGGCUCCACCUCUUCUAUUCGAUUAUGUUAGAUAUACUAGAAUAUUAACUCCUUUCGAAAUAGAAAUGAUCGGUUCUGCUAUGGCUUGGACUAUUGAAAACGAUGAAAUACAUGCUCAAUAUGUCAAGAUUUUGAUUGAACAAGAACUUUACAAAAUGUUUAUUAACAAAUGUCCAAAUCUUAAACAACUUCAUCUUCCUGAAAUUCCUAUUUGGUAUUUUCCGGGUGCUAAUUCUUGUUUUGAUAAACUUCAAAGACUUGAUUGUUAUCAUGACGUUCCUUCUAGAAGUUAUUUUGAACUGGCUCAAGUUUGUAGAAAUCUUAAAAGAUUAAUUGUAAGAAAAUUUGAUUCUCAAAAUCAUGGUUUGGCUUCUUUAAUUCAAAAUCAACACGCUUUACAACAUGUUGAACUUACUUCCGAUGAUAUUGAUAUUCAACAUAUUGGUGAUGCUUUAUCUUCUCAAGCUGAUUCUUUAUUACAUGUUUAUUUUCAUGGUAAAUUAUGUAUUCCUGCUGAUUCUUUGGCUACUUUGGUUAAUUUACGUUCUUUAAAACUUAAUUUACUUGAUGAAGUUAAUGAUAGAAAAUCUUUUGAAUCCGUUAUCUUUCCUUACCUUGAGGUUUUUGAUGUUGAUGAUUUUUUCACUCCCUUUUCCGUUUAUACCCAUUUAAUUUCAAAAGCUCCUAAUCUUACUAGAAUACAUUGGGGUACUUUAACCCGUGCUUCUGUUAAAGAAUUAAAGGAUUAUAUUCAUGUUAUUUCUCUUUGUAAAAAUCUUACUUUUGUUACUUUAUGGUACCAUGAUUCUAUAUUAGAUUGUCUUGAUCAAUUCUUUUUGUCUUGUUCUAAAUUAGAAGGAAUUAGAUUUGUUACCGAUUCGGUGGUUUGGGCUGAAAAAUUAUUUAUCAUUUUGGCUGAUAAGGCUCCAAAAUCUUUAAAAACUUUAAAUUUAGGUGGUGGUGAAUAUUAUGAUAGUGAUUAUGCUGAUUGGGAAUUUACUAAUGAAGUCUUGGAUAAUUUUCUUGAUACUUGGAAACGUAUGAAAAGAAAACCUUUAUCGAUUUAUAUUAAUCCGGAAUCGGAAAUUUCUUUUAAUUGUAUUAAAAUUAUUGAAAAAUAUUUGGAUGAUGGUACUUUGAAAACUUAUAAAUAUGUAGAUUUCUUUGAUGAGAUGGAAUGCAUUAGAGAAUCUUGGGAUGCUGGAAUAAAUUAUCGGUACAAUUGA